AUGCCGCCGCGGGCCAAGCGCAAGGCGCCGCCUCCCGUCGCGGAGGUGCGCGACGCCGACGUCGAGGCGUUCGUCGCCGUCACGGGCGCGGACGACGCGCGCGCGCGACGCGCGCUCCUCGCGUGCGGCGGCGAACUCCAGCGCGCGGUCGAUAGGCACUUCGCGGUCGUCGCGCCCGCGCCCGCGCCAGCGCCCGCGCCCGCCGCCGCGCCGCUCGGUCAGACGAGCCUGCACGACGCGGCGAAGACGAGGGAGAAGACGGAGACGACGACGCCUCGCGAGGCGCCGCCGCGAUUCGACCUCGACGUCUCGACCAUCCCGACCGCGCCGUCGCGCGACGCCGACGGAUGGGUCACGACGCCGAGCCAGGAGGACGAGGCGGAGGCGGAGACGCGAGACGCGACGAUCGAGUGGGCGACGCGGUGCGUCCGCGCGCCUCGGUUCGACGACGGGUCGUUCCCGCCGGACGCGUCGAGCAUCGACGGGCGCCGCAAGGGGAGAGGGAAGGGAGGGAAGGGCGGGGAGCACGACGAGGCCGUCGUCGUCCCGCGGUGGUGCGCGUGCGACCCGCCGCGAAGGGCGCGCGUCAAGCGAGCGCAACGCGACGGUCCGAACCAAGGCCGCGAAUACUACGCGUGCGGCCUCGCCGCGGCGCGAGGCGUUUUCCCGCCGCCGAAGCCGUGCGAGUUCUUCGCUUGGGCGGACGACGCGCCCUCGAAGAAGUCGUCCGUGGAGACGGAGUGGCGGCGACUGACCGGCGCCGACGGCGUGUUCGACCCCGCGCACGUCCGGCAAGGCGCGGUCGGGGACUGCUGGCUCCUCUCCGCGCUCGCGGUGAUCGCGGAACGGCAGGACCUGGCGCGGCGGGUCGUCGGGCCGUCGGCGGCGUCGCCCGCCGCCGCCGCCGCCGCCGCCGCCAGCGGCGCGUACCUCGUCCGACUUUUUCUCGGCGGGAGGUGGCGCGGCGUCGUCGUGGACCCGUGCCUCCCGGUCGCGGGGAGAUCCGUCGAGGUCUCGAGAGGCGCCAACGGGCCGCGGCCCGAGGUCAACAAGCGCAGAGCCUUGGACGACUUCGCGCCCGCGUUCAGUCGCGCGAGCGGGAACCGACUGUGGGUCCCCGUCGUGGAGAAGGCGUACGCGAAAGCGCACGGGUCGUACCACGCCAUCAGCGGAGGGUACAUCUCGGAAGGGCUGCUCGAUCUCACCGGAUGCCCCACGGAGACGAUCGCGCUGCUGGGCGCGGGGUCGGAGCAUUACGGCGGUGAGACUGCUUCCCAUACGACCCCGUUCGCGUGGUGCACGCCGUUCCUUAAGGACUUUUCCCGUCGUCACUCUUCACCCGCGCUUCCCUUUCAACGUUUGACCGGCGGCGGCGGCGCGUUCGACGAGGCACGCGCGUGGGAAAAGGUAUUGUCGUACUGCGAAGCCGGGUUCCCGAUGGGGUGCGCGACGUCCAGUGGCGGGAGAGGCUUAGUCGGCGGCCACGCGUACAGCGUAUUGGACGUUCGGCAGCUGCACGGCGUCGCGGUCGGGAGGCAGACGAAGCUCGACGGGUUCGUCGAGCGCGAGGUCGAGAUCGUCGACCCCGCGCCGGCGCUGGUUUCGGCGUCGGCGUCGAAAUACGCCUCCUCCGCCGCCGCCGCGGACGCGUCGUCGCCGCCGCCGCUUCGACUCGUGCGCGUGCGCAACCCGUGGGGCCGCAAAGAGUGGAACGGCGAAUGGGGCGCCAAGUCCGAGACGUGGACGUCGCGCCUCGGCGCGGAGCUCGGAAACACGCGCGCGGACGACGGCACGUUCUGGAUGUCUUGGCACGAUUUCCUCGCCGCGUUUUCCGUCGUCGACGUGUGCAAGGCGCACAGAGGGUGGCACGCGUUGUCCCUCCCGGGCGCGGCGCACCGCGCGGAGGGAGACGGGCCUCCGGGGACGACGCGCGCCGCCGUCGACUUCGGGAUGAUCUCGAGCGAGGACGGCGACGCGUUCGAGAUCGAAGUCGCCGGCGACGGAGAAGGAGGAGGAGGAGGAGGAGGAGGAGGCUCGUGGGCGUACGUCAUGGCGCUGCAACACACGAAACGCGGUCGCGGCGGGGAGGCGUUCUGGUACGCCGACGUCGGGAUCGCGGUGUACGAAAAAAACGCGCGCGCGAACGCCGCCGCCGCCGACGACGCGUGGACGCCGCUCGGCGCCGUCCUCGGCGCGAAAGAGCGCGUCGCCCAGGCGGAGCUCAUGCUCGAGCGCGGGAAGCGAUACCUCGCGCGGCUCUUCUCCGUCGGCGGCGGCGCCGCCGGUCCGCCGACAGCGCCGGUGACGCUGCGCGUGUACAGGCGCGUUCUUUCUGUACACUGGUCCCCGUACGACCGCGUCGGCGCGGUGAACGCCGAUCCUUAA